AGAUGCUAAUAACUAAUCAAUCAUUGACCUUAUUUAAUUGCCUUACAUCAAUAUAACUAUCUUGAAUGCAUUGCUCAUGUAUUGUAUGUAAAUCUAAGAGCAAUAGGAGCAUGAUAAACUUAUAAUGCAAUGAAUUGUCUAAAUAAAUUGAAUAAGAUCAGAAUAGCUAAGAGUAGAAACUAUCUGUAUGGGGGAAGGAAUGACAGAUUCAAGACAGUUAUUUUCUGUUGCUUUCAAAUCAAGAUGCUCACAGAGAAAAUAAAAAUUAUUACAUUCUAUAUAUGUGAAUUAGACUGUAAAGCAGCAGCUAAAUAUGUGGUAGAAGUGGGAAGUUAAUUUCAAUAAGUGGAAGUAAAUGAAGAACCAAUACAUGAUUGCUUAUUAGAGAUAUUUUCUUGAUUUUAAUAAUUAGGGUUAGGAUUAUUGACAUUGUUUUUAAAUUGGGGUGAAUUGGCAAUUCUAAUUGUAAGAUAAUGGAAAUCUACAUAAGUGAUAAGUAAC